AUGAGACAUUGCGUAUUACAAAAUGCUCUCAUUGCUGGCAACUUUUUACUGCUUCGUGCAACUGGCCAAACGCAAAUCAGCGAGCAUACGUCAUUGCUGAAAGAAUUCUAUAGCAACUAUGAUGGUGUUUGCAAGAAAGCUGUCAAGAAAUUUUCUGGAUAUUCUGUUGGGGAUAAAUGCUGUAAUGCGGAUGGCUACAUAGACUUGAAGAACAAAUUAAUUCCACUUUUAAAUGAUAUGAAAAGAAAAUUCGAAUCAAUAAACAGCAUUUCGCCCAUAUAUUGGUCAGAAGAUUUGAGCAUUAUCGAUAAGCAGCUUUUCGAAUUGUUAGAAACAAGCAUUAUUAACAAAGAUGUUAUUCAAUACAUCAUGAAUGAAAAUGUAAAGAUGCAUUUAAAUCGUUGUACCUUGAUUAGUUCAUUGAUCUUAUAUUUCAAUGGUUCAAAUGAUGCCAACAGCUUUUCUACUUUACUUCAUAAUAGCAUUACCAAUAACUUCAUAACUUUGGGUCUUGAUGGAGCCAUGUCAGACGAUACUACAGAUAAAGUAAAUCAGGUUUUUAUGUUUCUUAAAGGUGCAAGUGGGAUGCUACAAAAGUACAUUGGAACUAACAAUCCAAAAGCAGUAGAAAAUAUGAGAAUGAUGGCUGGUAUUCCAAAAAAACAAGAGCCGAAUCAAGCUACCAAGUCAUCCUUGCUGUUGCCAAGCUUCAUAGUUCCGACACAGGAUGGAAACUCUGGCAUAGCCUUAGAUCAUGAAGUACUAGUCAAACUAGAGAAAACCUUAGAUUCAAUGUACUUGCAUGUGCAUGCUCCCAUUAUAUCUGAGCUGUUUUGUUAUUGCUUUAUACUUUUGACUAUUGAAAUUGAAAAAAAUCGUGGGUCACUACCGUUAGAAGUUAAGGAUCAGUAUAUUAAAGCAAUUAGUGAUUUAGAAAUAUUAGAUAGCAUGGCAAUACUAUUUUACGAUCUGCCUACCAUGGCCAAAACAGGGAAGCCCAAGUUUUCUAAAGACAUCUGCCGCAAUAUUUUUAUGUCUAUGCAUAGGAAAACGGUUCUUGAGACCCUUCACAAAACUAUCAUAAAGUCAUAUUCUGAGGAUCCGAGUGUCCAACUAGGCGAGGUUCUUAGAACAGCUUUUGGCACUAUCCAACAAGAAUUAAUUAAUAGUGGGAAACCCCUCGAAGUCUAUGUGAACAAAAACUCAAAACUUGUUACGAUAGACAUAUUGGCUAACAUGUGCUGGGCAAUGCUUCUGUCAACAUUUGUGAUAGACGAGAAUGUCAAUCUUGAUAAUGUUAUGAGAGAAAUAGAACUGUUUGGGAGCAGGUCAACAAGUCCAGCAAGGCUUUAUAUGCAUGAAAUGCCAGAUAUUCUGAACAUUUUAAUUGGUAAAAAGCCAACUGAUAAAAACACACAGAACAAUAUAGUCUUUAGAAGUAUACUCCUUAAAGUUGGGUCGAGGCAUGAAAAACCUUUAUUUUCAGCUGAAGGGACUAAAAAUGGAUUGAUGAAUCGCAUUUCCUUCAUUAUAAAAGACAAAGCUACUAUCAACCAAUAUAAAACCUAUGUAAUAGUGUUGAAUGUAUUUCUGUUUGUUAUUGACGCUUUGCUGCUGCUAUUUUAUUGGAGAGCUUUGAAAGCUAACAGAGUAUUUGCAAGUGAAGAGUCUGUUCAUUAA